GCGGCGGCGGCGGCGGCAGGAAAAUGGCAGCGGCGGCGGCGGGCGGCAGCGCGGGGUGGCGGGUGGCCCCGGCGCUGAUGCUGGCGGCGGCCGCAGCCGCUCUGGGCUUCCUCAGAGUAUCAGCACUUGAUGUGAAGACGCCAGAGGAGCUUUUUGUGGAGAAUGGGACAGAAGCAAGACUUCCAUGCACAUUUUCAUCCCGAGAUGUGAUCAGCAGCGCAGCGUCCAUCUCCUGGAGCUUCCAACCAGAGGGAGCAACAACCCCUAUAUCAUUCUUCUAUUACUCUCAAGGGAACGCGUACCCUGGGAAGGACACACCAUUUAAGAACAGAAUCAGUUGGGCUGGAGACCUUAACAAGAAAGAUGCAUCUGUCACCAUAGCAAAUGUGCAGUUCCGGGACAACGGCACUUACUUCUGCGAUGUCAAGAACCCACCUGACAUAGUUGUCAAACCAGGAGAAAUCCGACUUAGAGUCGUGCAGAGAGUCAGAGUAUCAGCAGUUGGGGAGAAGACGCCAGAGGAGUUCUUUGUGGAGAAUGGGACGGAAGCAAGACUUCCAUGCACAUUUUCAUCCUCAGAGGUGAUCAGCUGCGCAUCGUCCGUCUCCUGGAGCUUCCAACCAGAGGGAGCAACAACCCCUAUAUCAUUCUUCUAUUACUCUCAAGGGAACGCGUACCUUCGGAAGGACACAUCAUUUAAGAACAGAAUCAGUUGGACAGGAGACCUUAACAAGAAAGAUGCAUCUGUCAGCAUAGCAAACGUGCAGUUCCAGGACAAUGGCACUUACUUCUGUGAUGUCAAGAACCCACCUGACAUAGUUUUCAUGCCAGUAGAAAUCCGACUUAGAGUCGUGCAGAGAGGUACCUCCCCUCACUAACUCUUCUUUUCUUUAGAUGCCAUUCUGGGCCUGGGACAGACUUGAUUUUUAUCUGUCUUAACCAGUUUUUCUUACUCCAUCCACAGUGUGACAUUGCACUCUAUAGGAUUUUAUAAAAAUAUGCUGAUGAGUGUGAAUAUAAGGUAACUGGAAUAUGCUUCAUGCAAAAGGUCUCUUGUAAAGUAUUAUUACAAAGCUUAUAAUCUACUGAG